UAUGGACAGUUAACCACCACUACCACUAAAACCUCUCUUGUUCAUAGCACUCUUAUAGCUGCAGUUGGUAAGUCUGGCAGAUUGAGGGAGCUUAGCCAACAUUUUAAAGGUAUUCAACUCUCAUGCCACUCCCCCACUACCACCAAGCACCCUCCCAUCGAGUUUGUGCUUGUAAGUGACUGUGCACGAACUGUGAUUGACAGUCGGCCAAUGAUUAUACAGCCCAGCCCUUAUUGGACCAGAACAACCGGGAGCUGUGGAUUUUUGCAAAACAAAUAGCAGGCUCUAGGUGGACGUAGAAGCGCAGGUUUUUUUCUAAAAUUGGUUGAUUUAUGAUGUUCUGUCAAAGCAUAGGCUACUGUCGGUUCCAGUGAAUAUGACUAAAAACAUCUUGCCAACUGCAGCUUUAAUAACCUGCAACAUUUACACAUUUAACAACAUUCAUGUAACCAAUUUUUUUUUUAUUAGAAUCAGAAUCAGCUUUAUUGGCCAGGUUUGAAAACAAGGAUUUUGACUCUUAACUUUGCUCUCAAAGUACAACACUCAAACAAAUAGAAAAUAAAAUAAUUAAAAAUAAACAGUAAGAAUAUAAUGAAUGGCAGUAGAAUAAGGUUAUAUAAGAAUAAAUACAGUAUGUACAUUUGCAAAUAGAUAGGCACUAUGUGGGGAUAGAGUAAUGCAAUUGUUCGGAGGGGGAAUACGACAGGGGCUGUCCACCUUCUUGUUGCCCCUGUCAGGUUCGUUUGAAUGAGUAAACGCACACCUUGUAAGGUGCUCACGGCGGUAAAGGUUAAAUAUAAACAAAAGUGUCGUGGCACACUCGGAAUUUAAAGAUUUUUUUAUUCCAACGUUUCGGCUUACGCCUUCAUCAGGGUCAUUUGGGGUCAUCAGGGUCAUCAGGUUGCCAUGGUCGUGGACACCUCGACAGACAAAAACAAGAUGCUAUAUACAGUACAAUUGAAAAGAGGGUGGGUGCAACAUCAGUAUAGAUUUACUAGUCUGUACGAUUGUAUUCAGUUCAACACACUAAAUAAAUGUCCUCCACAUUAUCAUCGGUCUGGUAGGUGUGUUUGCUGAGUUUCAAAACAGCAUGGCCCUGCCAAAUCCUCAGUUUAUUGUGUACCCUACCGUUGAUAUGUGGUAGGCCUAUGUGAGAGAGUUCUAAAAGUCUAGUUUCAGAAAGUAAAAACCCUACCAUGUCUUGGUUUUACCUGUGCGUGUAACACAGGUGAUUACGCUAGUCAACUAAUCUGCCUGGCCGAGGAGCUGAUUUAGUGAAUGGCCAAAGCAAAUAAUAUGUGGCAGGACUUUUACUUUCUGAAGCCAAACUUUUACAACUCUGCUUGAUGGUAAGAAAACGUCAAGUUGAUUUUAAAAGGAAAUUUGAUAAAAAAGAGAGACUAUACUUAAUUUCACUUGAGACACAAAGUAUGGAAACAUGACGUGACGUGCUUGACAGUAAUUCUACAUUUGCUGUAAUACUUUGCUCAGCAUUUUUGUUGAGUUUGGUUGUGUCCACAAUUUCCUUAAAAUAAACCUUUACGUAAUAACUGCGUGGGCUUAUUUUGGUCAGAAACCAGAUAUAUCUUACUACAUGUCUGACGAAGAGAUGACUGAGACCGCACUGCCAGGAAACGUAGAGGACAACUCAAGAUUACUCAAUCCUGCCGUGGGCGUCUGUACCUCUCUGACCUCGGCGUUUCAGACCCCUUCCUGUGACGCCAUGUGCCGGUAACAACCAUCUACUUCGCUUAAAACACCCAACAAUCGGAUCACUGACUGCGGGGAAGGAAGGUCAAACUCAUUUGGAUUCCGAUUCCAUCUGAAAAUGGCCACUGACACUGAAGGAGUUUUGAAUCUGAAAUAUCUGAUAUCUGCCCAGGGCAUACUGAAGAUAAUCCAGCUGGUGUUUCUCCUGGCUGCCUUCCUCAUCACACAUCUCUCCCGGUACACUUCAGCGCUGAACACCUACCUCUUCUUCCAAAUCAUCACCCUCGGAGUCUUCUCCGCCAUCUUCCUCUUCCUCGUCGUCACUGCUCUGGGGCUGCCAAGCAGACUUCCCUGCAUCAGCUGGAGUGUAACGGAGUUUGUUUUAGAUACAGUGGCACUCCUGUGUGUCUUUCCUGCGUCCUGUGCGGCUGCGCUGAAGAGUUAUGACACGGACAUGCUCGUGGCCGCCUCAAUGCUGGGUCUGACGGUGUGUUUACUGUUUGCUGCCAGCAUAGCCAUCUCUUUCCAGCCCGUACACUCAAAGCUGUCCCCCCACAUCAAUGAUGAAGUCUGAUGCGGUCAGCCUAACGUCCAUGUCCUAUUUUUGAAAAAAAAAAAAAAAGGUUUCUGAAAACAGGAAGUUCACUCACAACUUCCUACAACUCAACCAACGAUCAGGUCAUCAACACAGAAUGACUCAAACACACAGAUCAGUUUGGGUGGGUUUGCAUGGACAGUAUUUUUUAAUGGAAAAAGCUGAUUCUGAUUCUGAAAAUCUUGUAUCAUCUGUUUACAUGGCGUACAUUCUAUUCUGUUCAGGUGCACUUUAGAUAAUUUGAUGGGAAGAGCCAUUGGUGCUUUGCUCUUGAUUGAGAAACUACAGCGGGCAAUCCGAUUUACCCUAAACAUGGCAGUUAAAUCAGAUUAAGAACGGAAUACACCGCCUCUUUCAUUCCGAUUGAAAUCCUGAAAUCGGAUCGGCUGUUUUAUUCCGAUCAAGGUGUUCAUAGACUAUGUGUUAUUUCAAUUCCAAUCGGAAUAAAAGUGUCCAUGGAAAACCUCCUACUGACAGGGAGCACCAGCUACUUAAUGUAUCAUUGUUCUUGUUUAUUAUUAGUGAAGAUGUGUUAAUAGAUAGAUUACCUUUCAAUCUAGAGAUUGUUUUCAGGAUCUUCAGGAUAAUCUAUAUUGUGUUUCUUAUUAAAGCAUUAUGACUUU